AUGACUUGCGUCAAGCACUUCGCGUUGAACUCCAUGGAGAAUGCUCGCUUCAACGUAGAUGUGCAGAUCGAUGAUACAGCCUUGCACGAAGUCCACCUCCCCCACGUUCGUCAGCUGGUUGAAGGUGGAGUCUCAUCUGUCAUGUCAUCUUACAAUUCCAUUCGCGGUGGAUUUGCAGGACAAAAUCACGAGCUCUUGAACGACAUUCUUCGGCAAGAGUGGGGAUUUGGCAGAUUUGUGCUGUCCUAUUUCAUCUUCGGCUUGCGAGACGCAGUCAAGUCCAUCAAGAACGGACUGGACGUUGAAGCAUCCUUCCAGCAACAACGCGCCUUAUAUGUGUCUGAGGCACAGAAGCGUGGCGAUCUGGCCUGGUCUGAAAUCAAUCGCUCCUGCGCACGCAUCCUUUGCUGCAAAUAG